AAAUAAUAAAACUACUAUUUCAAUUCGGAGUAUAAGAAUCAAACUAAUUCUAACAUAGAACUUUUACUUUUCAAAACUUGUCAAAAUUUAAACGGAUUUUAUGCUGAAAGUGAAACCCAUUUUGGCAAAAGCAUUCAAAAUAUGCUUCCGAAAUUCGUGUUCAAAUGGGAUGGGUAAAAGAUAGUACUCCGUAGUUGUGGUAGGAAAAACUAGAAAGAGUGAAUCGGGAAUCUUAGGCAGUAAAGGGAAAUACUAAUACUACUAAUAAAAAUUGCUGUUAUUGGCGAAGCAGAUAAAGAGCAGAAGAGAAAAGAAAGAAUGGUAGGAGGAGUUUACUGUGUUCAACCCCGCUUCAUCUCUACAUUUCUUGGCGACUGCCGUUUCAUUCACCCACUCUUCCAUUGCAAACCAGGGAAUAAACAAGUGUCUAUGCAAUGCUCAAGAACAUUUGGUGGAUUAACGGAUUUGUUAUUCAACAGAAGAAAUGUAGAUGAACUUCCAAACACCAAUCGCAAACGUUUAAGACCAGGUCAAAUUUCUCCUCCCCGACCAGUUCCAGAACAAAUACAAAGACCUCCUUAUGUGAAGUCUAGGAAGCCACCUGGGAUUGGUAGUGGCCCAGAAGUGCAUGAUAGAAAGGGGACAGAAAAGAUGAGAGCUUCGGGAAGGCUUGCUGCUCAGGUUCUUCAGUAUGUUGGGACAUUAGUCAAGCCAGGCAUCACGACAGACGAAAUUGACCAAGCCGUUCACCAAAUGAUCAUUGACAAUGGAGCAUAUCCAUCACCUCUUGGUUAUGGUGGAUUUCCAAAGAGCGUAUGCACAUCAGUUAACGAGUGCAUUUGCCACGGAAUCCCAGAUUCACGUCCACUUGAGGAUGGGGAUAUUGUCAAUAUUGAUGUCACCGUUUAUCUUAAUGGUUACCAUGGUGACACAUCAGCGAUGUUUUUUGCAGGAAAUGUUGAUGAGGAAGCCAAAAACUUGGUGCAGGUGACUAAAGAAUGCUUGGACAAGGCUAUAUCAAUAUGUGCACCAGGAGUGGAAUUUAAUAAAAUUGGGAAGACUAUACAUGACCUUGCAGAUAAACAUCGCUAUGGGGUUGUGCAGCAGUUUGUUGGUCAUGGAGUGGGACGUGCUUUCCACAGUGAUCCAGUCAUUCUGCAUUACAGGAACAAUGAUCAUGGACGAAUGGUGCUCAAUCAGACAUUCACUAUUGAGCCGAUGCUGACAAUUGGUAGCAUAAAUGGAGUAAUAUGGGAUGACGAUUGGACAGUUGUUACAGAAGAUGGUAGUCUAUCGGCACAGUUUGAGCACACCAUUUUGAUAACUGAAGAUGGUGCUGAGAUUCUAACACAGUGCUAGUGCUGGUCCUGCAACAUCAUUCUAUGUAAAGGACAAUUCUAUAUUGGUAACCACAAUGCUCUUAUGUUGACCAUACACACGAAAAAACACAAUUCUCAUAUCGAUUGUUUUGGUGUUGUAAUAUUUUUGGUUUGUGCCAUAGAAAUAAAGUUUGUUCGACUUUAAA